GUCAAAUCUUAAGUAUAAAUUAAAUCAUUUUUUAUAUUUUUAAGUUAAUGAUUUAUUUUAUUAGUAGUAUCGAAUUUUGAAUUUAAGUUUUCAAUAAUUAACAAAAUCUUUAUCUUAAUUGUGCAAAAGAAAAUAACUUUAAAAUGGAGAAACCUCAAAAAAUGCCUAAAGUGGCUAAAGUUAAAAAUAAAGCUCCAGCAGAAAUUCAAAUUACUGCUGAACAAUUAUUGCGAGAAGCUAAAGAACGUGAUUUAGAAAUAUUACCUCCACCACCUAAGCAAAAAAUCUCAGAUCCAGCAGAACUUCGAGACUACCAGCACAGGAAAAGAAAAACUUUUGAAGAUAAUAUUAGAAAAAAUAGGAUAGUUAUUAGCAACUGGAUCAAAUAUGCACAAUGGGAAGAAUCGCAGAAAGAAAUUCAACGAGCUAGAUCUAUUUAUGAAAGAGCCCUUGAUGUUGAUCAUAGAAAUAUUACAAUAUGGCUAAAAUAUACAGAAAUGGAAAUGAGAAACCGCCAAGUAAAUCAUGCACGAAAUUUAUGGGAUCGAGCCGUAACUAUUCUGCCCAGGGCUAAUCAGUUCUGGUACAAGUAUACUUACAUGGAAGAGAUGUUGGAAAAUGUAGCAGCAGCCAGACAAGUUUUUGAUCGAUGGAUGGAAUGGCAGCCAGAUGAACAGGCUUGGCAAACUUACAUAAAUUUUGAGUUACGUUAUAAAGAAUUAGAUAGAGCAAGAGCUAUUUAUGAAAAAUUUGUUAUGGUUCAUCCAGAUGUAAAAAAUUGGAUAAAGUAUGCAAAAUUUGAAGAGUCUCAUGGUUUUAUAAAUGGAGCCCGUUCAGUGUAUGAAAGAGCUGUAGAAUUCUACGGUGAGGAAUAUCUUGAGGAAAAGUUAUUUAUUGCAUUUGCAAGAUUUGAAGAGAAUCAGAAAGAGCAUGAUAGAGCUAGAGUUAUAUAUAAGUAUGCAUUAGAUAACAUUCCAAAAGAAAAUACAAAAGAGUUAUACAAGGCUUACACAAUUCAUGAGAAAAAGUUUGGUGACCGAAGUGGUAUAGAGGAUGUUAUUGUAAGUAAACGUAAGUUUCAGUAUGAGCAAGAAGUUCAAGAAAAUCCAACAAAUUAUGAUGCUUGGUUUGACUAUCUGCGUUUAGUAGAAAAUGAAGGCAAUAUUGAAGUAAUUCGUGAAACUUAUGAGAGAGCAAUUGCAAAUGUUCCCCCAACUAAAGAUAAACAUUUCUGGAGGAGAUACAUAUAUCUAUGGAUAAAUUAUGCAGUCUUUGAAGAACUUAAUACUUCUGAUUUAGAAAGGACUAGACAGAUUUAUCGAACUUGUCUGGACUUAUUGCCUCAUAAAACAUUCACAUUUAGCAAAAUUUGGUUGUUAUAUGCUCAAUUUGAAAUACGCUGUAAAAAUCUCCAACAGGCUAGAAAAACGUUAGGUAUGGCCUUAGGCAUUUGUCCCAGAGAUAAACUUUACAGGGGUUAUAUAGAUUUGGAAAUCCAACUUAGAGAAUUUGAUCGGUGUCGUAUAUUAUAUGAGAAAUUUUUGGAAUUUGGUCCAGAAAAUUGUAUAACUUGGAUGAAAUUUGCAGAGCUGGAAUGUCUUUUAGGUGACAUUGAACGUUCUCGUGCAAUAUAUGAACUGGCUAUAAAUCAGCCGCGGUUAGAUAUGCCUGAACUUUUGUGGAAAAGUUAUAUAGAUUUUGAGUUUUCUCAAGGUGAAAUUGGAAAAGCCCGAUUGUUAUAUGAGAGAUUAUUAGAGCGAACAAUACAUGUGAAAGUAUGGAUGUCUUAUGCUAAGUUUGAAAUGAGUAGUGAUGAUACUGAUAAUAAAUUAGAAUUAGCAAGACAAGUAUAUGAACGAGCAAACAAUAGUUUACGAAACGCUAGUGAGAAAGAAUCUAGAGUCAUGCUUUUAGAAGCCUGGAGAGAUUUUGAGAAAGAAAAUGGCGAUGAAGAAAGUAUAAAGAAAGUAAACGAGAAAAUGCCUAGAAGAAUCAAGAAACGUCAAAAAAUCACUUCAGAAACUGGUGCAGAUCAUGGAUGGGAAGAAGUUUUUGAUUACAUAUUCCCUGAAGAUGAAACAGUCAGACCAAAUUUGAAAUUGCUUGCUGCGGCUAAAAAUUGGAAAAAAGCACAACUAGAAAAAGAAAAGACAAAAGCUACUGAACCAGAAGAAACAGUGGCACCUUCAAGCGGUACUAGUAAUGCUUUAGAAUCUGAGAAAAUAACAUCAGAAAAAGAAACUUCAGAUUAAGAGAAUAGUUACUUUUAUAUAAAAUAAUCAUAAAUUUCGUAAUUGAUUGACCGAUAAGUCAGUUAUCAAUUUACUUAUUAAACAUUUGUCUCAACAUCUUCAUCUUCAAUCAACAUCUU